UCUUUUAGGAUUUAAUGACUUAAUUGGUUUGGCACCAGUAGGGAAGACCUAAUAAAAAUAUAAUGUCUGUAGUAACCAAGUUUCUUCUUACAAUCCUCAUAUUCAUGUACCUCUCAGAAACCCCAUUAGCAGAACAAAGACAGCAGUGUGUUCCUUCUAGUUGUGGGCAUAUUCAUAACAUCAGUUAUCCCUUUCGAUUGAAAAGUGAUCCAAAGCACUGCGGCCUUGAAAAUUAUGAAUUGAGCUGUGAAGGAAAUCGCGCCAUAUUAACAAUACUGCUAAAUGAUUGGAAUGGAUCACUGAACUACUAUGUUCAAGCCAUCAAUUACGAUAACUCCACUAUCCGCCUUGUAGAUCCUGGUAUAAGAGAACAAGUUAUUUGCUCUCUUCCUCAGAAUUUGAUUACGGUUAACACUGCCCUUCUUGGUUUUGAUUCUAUUAUAUAUACAAUGUCUGAUUAUGUUCAUUUACCAGUACCAAUCACUCUCUUCAACUGUCCAUUUGCCAUAAAUUCUCCAGUCUUUGUGGAAAUCACUAAUUGUCUCAACAGGAGUUAUGCUUCCAAUGUUUCUUCUGAUUUAUUUAAGGGACACACAUAUGCAACCAUGACUAAAUUAUCACCAUCCGAUUUGAAAGUCGGGUGUAGUGUAGACCUCAUGUCAAUGACUUCAUGGCGUAUUCAGGAUGCAAAUGCUAGCAUUUCUAUUUUAAGUUUGCAUAAUGCUUUGGCAUAUGGAUUUGAGCUUUCAUGGUUUAGUUACGUUUAUUGUGGCAAGUGCGCCGAUCCAUAUCUAUGUGUAGGGGAAAAUUCAAGUGAUGUUCAUUGUUUGGAUAUCGGCUGCACAGCUUACAUUGAUAGUAAGCAGUCGUACUUCUAUUGUCAAUUCUGUUUUAUAUAACAGUAGCUAGUUGCAAGUUAGAUUAACUGUGUUAUUGA